AUGAUAAUACUCGUUGCCGUCUUAUUCUUCCUUACCAUCAAUGUAGCUGCUGAUGGUCGUAUGAUAUUGCCAGAAAUCCGAAAUAACUUCCGGAAUGCAAGCUUACCGGCAAAACAUUACCCUUGUGGAAACGAUAAUGGUCCUGGAAAAGUUUUAACAACAUAUACUACCAAUCAAACCAUAAAGGUUCAAUGGGGCAUUGAGAAUCCUUUGGAUGGUUCUUGUUUUGUCGAUUUGUCAACAACCGGAAAAGAUAAUGCCUUUAAAAACAUUCAUUUUAUGCCUAAUUGUGCGGACCAAGUUGCUAAGUUUCAAGUCGACGUACAACUUCCUGAACAUAUAUCGUGCGAACAUUGCACACUUCGUUUUAGAUGGGUUCCACAUUUAUCAAAAGAAGUUUAUUUAAAUUGCGCCGACAUUUCUAUCUUACCACCCAACAAAAAAGUGCACCCAAGAUGA